AUGGGCGCCAUCGCCAACGCAGGCGGCUAUGAUGCUGCCCUGCAGAGACGUCAAGCCCUGAUGGGCGCCAGUGGUGCCAGGGCCCUCGUGAAAAACUUCAAGGUCUUUCGAAUCGCAGCUUUCGCUUGUAUCGGUGGUGUGCUCUACGGAUACAACCAGGGAAUGUUUUCGGGCAUCUUGGCCAUGCCGUCUUUCGAGAAGCAUAUGAAUGGAUAUAUCGACAAUCCGACCCUCAAAGGAUGGCUCACGUCAAUUCUCGAGCUGGGUGCCUGGCUCGGCGCGAUCCUUUCUGGUUUUGUCGCUGAAGUGUGCUCCCGAAAGUAUGGCGUCUUGAUCGCGACUAGUGUCUUCAUGCUUGGUGUCAUUGUUCAGGUCACCUCAAUUUCAGCUGGUCAUCAAGCUAUUCUUGCGGGUCGGUUCAUCACUGGCAUUGGAGUCGGUAGUCUCUCUAUGAUUGUCCCUCUUUACAACUCGGAAUGCGCCCCUCCUGAGGUACGAGGCGCUCUAGUUGCUUUACAGCAGCUGGCAAUCACAUUUGGUAUUAUGAUCAGUUUCUGGAUUGACUACGGAUGCAACUAUAUUGGAGGUACAAAAAGGGAAACUCAAUCUGACGCUGCCUGGCUUGUUCCAAUCUGCCUCCAGAUGGGACCGGCAUUCAUUCUCUUUGUCGGGAUGAUAUGGAUGCCAUUUUCCCCUCGUUGGUUGCUUCACCAUGGCCGAGAAUCCGAAGCCCGUGAAGUCCUGUCCGAUCUUCGCGAUCUUCCCCCGGACCACGAACUGAUCGAGCUCGAAUUCCUCGAGAUCAAGGCCCAGUCGUUGUUUGAGAAGCGGAGUCUUGCUGAGAAGUUCCCGCAUCUACAAGCGCAAACCGCCUGGAACACUUUUAAGCUUCAAUUCGUCGCUAUCAAGGCUCUCUUCCAGAGCCGUGCAAUGUUCAGGCGCGUGAUUGUCGCUACUGUCACCAUGUUUUUCCAGCAAUGGACAGGCAUCAAUGCUGUUCUCUACUAUGCGCCUCAAAUCUUCGGUCAACUAGGACUCAGCGCUACAACCACCAGUCUCCUUGCUACCGGCGUCGUUGGUAUCGUCAUGUUCAUCGCCACUAUCCCUGCUGUCCUGUGGAUUGAUCGAGUCGGUCGUAAGCCUGUACUAACGGUGGGCGCCAUCGGUAUGGGCACUUGUCAUAUCAUCAUCGCCAUUAUUCUUGCGAGGAACAUUGAUCAUUUUCACGAACAGCCCGCCGCUGGUUGGGCAGCUGUUUGCAUGGUGUGGCUCUUCGUGGUUCACUUCGGCUAUUCAUGGGGCCCAUGUGCUUGGAUUAUCAUCGCUGAGGUCUGGCCUCUGAGUACCCGACCGUAUGGUGUGGCACUUGGUGCAUCUAGCAACUGGAUGAACAACUUUAUUGUUGGCCAAGUGACUCCAGAUAUGCUUACUAGCAUGACAUACGGCACCUAUAUUCUUUUCGGAGUAUUGACCUAUCUUGGUGCUGCCUUUGUUUGGUUCACUGUUCCCGAAACCAAGCGUCUGUCCCUCGAAGAAAUGGAUCUCAUUUUCGGUUCAGAGGGCACUGCGCAAGCUGAUACGGAGAGAAUGGAGGAGAUUAAUCAUGAAAUCGGUCUCCACAAUCUCUUGCACCUCGGCCGGGUUGAUGGCGAGGUGGAUGAUGUCAUCGAGAAGGAACAUGCCGUCUAG